AUGGAUCCAGAAGUCUCAACCUCCAAGACUCGAAUUGCUGUUCUCGGAGCUGGCUCUGUUGGUUCUGCCGUUGCCCUUUGUCUUAUCCUCAACCCAGUGUCAAGCGAGGUCGUGCUGGUUGAUCCCAACACUGCGAUACGUGACGCCCAAGUCAAAGACCUUGGGGACGCCACUACGUACCAUGGCGCUGUUGGAGGGGGCGGCGUAAGGAUCCGAGGUGGAACGCACAAAGAAGCCGGGCAGUGUGACAUCGUCGUAAUCAGUGCCGGUGCCAAACAGAGACAUGGCGAGUCACGGACCGACCUCCUCGGCCGAAACCUUGCAAUCUUGAAGUCUGCGACGAAUGAUAUGAAGCCAUUCCGAGAGGACACCGUUAUUCUCAUUGUUGCAAACCCUUGUGAUGUCUUGACAUACUUUGCCCAGAAAUACUCCGGCCUCCCAAAGGGCCAGGUGAUUGGGAGCGGGACUUUCCUGGACAGCGCGAGGCUGAGAGGUAUCUUGUCGGAGAAGAUAGCCGUGGAUGCUAGCAGCAUUGACGCCUACGUACUAGGCGAGCACGGCGAAAGUCAAAUGGUUGCCUGGUCUUGCGUCACUAUAGGCGCCGUCCCGCUAGAUCAGUGUUUACCUCCCAAUGUCACCCUCGACCGCAAGGCGAUCGCCAGAGAGACCAAAGACAAGGCCGCCAAGAUCAUCGAAGCCAAAGGCGCCACUGCAUAUGGCAUUGCUGCUCUCAGCGCGAGCAUCUGCAAGUCUAUCUUGUUUGACCAACGAAAUGUUCGACCAAUCUCUCAUUGGGUCGACGAGUUGGGCUGCUGCUUGAGCUUGCCAGUGGUGCUAGGACGUAGGGGAAUUGUGAGAUCUCUGAAUAUGCCAUUGCACCAGGAGGAGAAGGAACUUCUGCUCAAAAGUGCCAGCACUUUGAAAGAUUUCAUCGCGCAGGCAAAAGAAGUUUGA